GAUGUCUUUCAGAACGUCUAAAACGCAGUAGCUUUUACUUCGGUGCCGGUUGCAGGAUUGCACCAUCCCGGACGCCUUAGCAUCAGUUGGCAUAGCAACUGGCAUGCGCUGGUUUUUCCAACACGUGACUCGUGACCUCCAUACCACCAACGGAGGCCGCCUAUUCGCUGUAGCGCGCUUGCGCGUCACCUUCCGCUUCAGAUGGCAUGAAAACUGGUAUACGCUGGUUUUCUCCAGCACGUGACUCGCGUCCUCCAUACCAUCAACGUGACCUGUUGCGCCACACUGCGCAACGUCGCACUGCCGCCCACGUUUUAUAAAAGACUGCAGUAGCGGUCGCUGAACAACAGUAGUCGUCGCUUCGAGAGGCGAGCAACGUGCACUUCACGGAAGAAGAAAAUGAAGAUACACUGUCCUCCACGAGCGCUGGUUCAUCAUGGACAUAAGUCCAUCUUAGGGCUCCACAAGUGCAAGCAUGAGAAGCAUGGUCACCAUGGAAUACACAAGCACGGUCAUAAACAUCAUGGUCACAAGCACGGACAUAAACAUCACGGUCACAAGCAUGCCAAGCAUCUAGUAUGUGAUGAAGACGGAUUUUGGGGUCAUAGAUUUCAUGGCCAUGGACCACAUGGCCAUGGACCACAUGGCCAUGGGCCACUUGGUCAUGGACCACAUGGUUGUGGACCACACGGACAUGGACCACACGGACAUGGACCACAUGGUCAUGGACCACACGGUCAUGGACCACACGGUCAUGGACAACACGGUCGUGGACCACACGGUCAUGGACCACAUGGUCAUGGGCCACUUGGCUGUGGACUGCAUGGUCAUGGACCAUUUGGCUGUGGACCACAUGGCCAUGGCCCACACAGCCAUGGACCACACAGUUUUGGACCACACGGUCAUGGACCACAUGGUCAUGGUCCGCAUGGACAUGGAAAGCAUAGUCAUGGUCCUCAUGGUCAUGGCCCACAUGGUCAUGGACCUCAUGGACCUGGACAUCAUGGCCCAGGUUCCUCUGAUCAAGAAUUGCAUGGCCAUGGACACCAUGGUCGCAAACAAAGAGGCCAUGAAACAUCUGAGGAUGUUAUGUGGCUUGUUGACUGCUGUGGUUGUUGUGAAAGUGAAGAGGAGACAUCGCCUGUGCGUGCUAUGCCCAAGCGCCCUGCCACAGUCUGAAGCAGUGCAAAUGCAUUUUUUUCAUCAAGAAGUAUGUUUACUGAAAGCAACAUAAGUGUCGCAUAAGCAUGUAUGUAUGAGCUGCAUAAUU